AAAAUUUAGUAUAAAAGAAGUGUUCAACGAAAUCAUUUCAGUAGAUUGAAAUUCGUUCGAUUAUAACAGAAACAUGAAAUUUUAUAUUUUCGCUUUGGUUUUAGUGGUUCUUGCUGCAGCAACAGCAAAUGCAGCCCAGGCUAAAUUGAAACUAGAUGAUCCAGACCAUUCUGAUAAAUGUGUGCAUAAUGGUAAAGUACUUGCGCCUGGUGAAAGCUAUCAACCAUCGGGGUCCUGUAGUAAAGUAAGUUGUGAUAGUAAACAAGGAUACGGCACCAUCGUAACUUGCGGUCUAAUUGCUCCACCACCAAAUUGUAAACUAGGCGCUGAAGAUUUGAGUAAACCAUAUCCUGAUUGUUGCAAAAGAGACUUCGUUUGUUAAUAGGACAAAGUGAAUAAUGUAGACAAUAAUUGAAAUGAUUAUUUAGAAAAUAUAUUUUAAAUAAUACAUAAAGUUAAA